GUUGCUAUAAAAAUUGUAGCAGCUGCUAAAGCGAGCUCAGUCGAGGCGAGCGCGCCCUCAAGUGACGUAGUGCCAACGUAGCGGUGGAAAACAAUGUACGUCCUCCUGAUCCUGCCGCUCUUCGCGGCCUGCACGGCCAUGCCUUCCUACAUAGCAGUUCCGGCUGAUCAGAUCGCUUUCGUCGACUUGUCGGCGUUGCGCGGGCGACGGGUGCCAAGACAGACGCUCACCCCUCCCCCGCCACCCCCGCAGUUACAGGCGUUACAGCAGUCGCCGCUGUAUAGGGAGUACGCCAUUCCGGUGCAGGAAUACACCCCGCAAGAGGAGUAUCCAGUGCAGUACCAACAGCAACCAAUAGAACUAGCCCCAGAACCAGAAGCCCCUGCGAGAUUAGUACAAAUCCAAGCGCCUGCGCAGCACGAUGGAGCCAGCGUGGCGUCUGCGCUUGCGGAGCGGCCGCCUGACUUCGGCGAGUACGUGGAUUUCGGCGCGCACACGGGCGACAGCGGCGCCUUCGGCUGGUACGCCGACUACCCCGUCAACGGCCAUGAGGAAAGCUACAGGAAGUAGCGAGGUUAUACGUACCCGGCUGCGAG